UCCCGCCAGCGGUUAGCGGUAUAGAAUGAUUUUGGUCUCUUUUGCGGCGCUACUGACUUCACACAGCACAAGCGACGAGCCAGCUAUGCUUCUAUUUCACGACACGCUUCCAAAUUAGCGUACAAAUUGUUUUAGAGAGAGCUAGACUAUGACCGUUUUAACUGGGUCUCACGACACAACGGUGUGAUUUGUAGCCUAAAAAGCCAGCUCCCGUAAGAACCAGGAAAUUUAGCUAUGGGGAAUACCUCAUCAAGGAGUUAUUUCCCGGGAAUCAAAAUGCAACCUGCUAAAACGASUCUGUUCAAACAGGAGCAAACUGGGACGACAUACAGAAUCCCAGCUCUCAUCUACCUAAAAGAGAGUCAGACAUUCCUUGCCUUUGCAGAGAAGCGCUCUUCCCCCAGUGACAGUGAUGCAAAAAUGAUUGUUAUGAGGAGAGGCACACAACAAAAUGGAUCCACUCAGUGGUCAGAAUCCCAGGAGCUGUUAUCAGCAUGUUUACCAGACCACCGCACCAUGAACCCCUGCCCKGUGUAUGAAAAGAAUACCAAGACUAUAUUCCUCUUUUUCAUCUGCAUUUUGGGGAACACUCCAGAGCACCAUCARAUCUGGACAGGCAAGAAUAAGGCCCACCUGUGUUWCAUCACCAGUAAUGAUGAGGGCCAGAGCUGGAGCCAGACAAAGGACUUGACAGAGAGUGUGAUUGGCAAAACGGUCAGAAGGUGGGCUACAUUUGCUGUGGGACCAGGCCAUGGCAUUCAAAUGGAGAAUGGAAGAUUGAUCAUUCCUACCUAUGCCUAUUAUAUCCACUUCAAAUGCUUCUCCUUCCCCUUCCCCUUCACGGUACAGCCACAUGCUCUCUCAAUAUACAGUGACGACUUCGGUCAGACAUGGCAAAUGGGCAGGAUGCUUCAAAGAAAGUCCUGUGAAUGUGAGAUGGCAGAGAUCAUAGACCACGAGGGCAGCAGUCACCUGUACUGCAACGCCCGCCAUAGAGGUCACAGAGUGGAAGCUUUGAGUGAGAGCAGUGGGGUUUACUUUGACAAGCCCCGCUUGGCUCCAAGGUUAGUGGAGCCGUGCCAUGGUGGUUGCCAAGGCAGUGUGAUUGGCUUCCCUGCCCCUGAGCAAGGUGAAGAGGGCAUGGGUGGUACCACAUCAUCACCAGUGACCUCAGACACGCAAACCUGGCUACUUUUCACCCACCCGACCAAUAAGAGGACGAGGAAAGACUUGGGGGUGUAUUUGAACCGUUCCCCACUGCACACGUCAGGUUGGGACCGGCCCUGGAUCGUCCACAGUGGACCCAGUGGCUACUCAGACCUGGCCUACAGUGAGGACACUGAGCACUUUGCUUGCCUGAUGGAAUGUGGCGAGAAUAGUGAGCUUGAACAGAUUGCCUUUGUGUCUUUUCCCCUCAGUGAUGUCAUGCAGACCGUUGACGAGAAGGGAAAUACCUUCUAGUUUGUUGUUGGGUUAUUAUUUCAGUACUACACUCCAAUUCCAAUCAGAUUCAGUGGUCAGUAGAGGCACACGAUCGUCUUUAUCCUCAAUUUAUAUAAAAAGAAGCAAUCUGAAAAUAAUGAAACAUGAUCAUUUAUAUCAAAGUUGUUUUGUGUAAAAAAGGCAACCGACACUACAAUUUCUCAAAAUGCGAUCACAGUUAAAUCAAAUGUAAUAUAAUAUGUAGAUGUGAUCAUUUUAUGACGUCUGACAGUAUGGACUGCAAUGCAUGCUGCCAUCGGAUGCUAAUCUCUAAGCAGUGGUCUAUUUAAAUGGCAUACUUUUACUUGCAGUUGUACAAUGUAACUCCUUUCACCUCAAUGUAGUCAUGCAAUUCCUUAUGUUUGCCAAGCACAUUUUCAAGACUACAACCACCUACAGGCCAUGAUCAGGCAACACCUCCUCAGGCGUUAAUUUAAGUCAUGCGCCCUAUUGAAUGAACAGACAUCCCUUUAUCAUUAAGUGGUUGCUCAUCUACUGUGACUCAUCUGUUCAAACUGCAUUGGCUUCCUAAACCCCUAAACCCCCGUUCACAAACAGUCCACAUAGCACUGUAAAUGUAUGACUACUUCAUUUGUAAUUGUUUUUUUGUUAAAAAUGUAUGCUAUUGUUCAGACUCUAUGUAAUGACACUGACAGUGAGCCUCUCUGUAGUGCCUGCAAAUGCACAGGGGAUGACUCCAAUGUGCAAAAUUAGUUGAAUAUGUUCCUUAUCUCUAAAUGAUGCUACAAUUAGUCCUGCCUCAACUACCUCCACAUUACUAUCCUGCCUGCAUCCUUGGCUAUGCAUAAAAACAUCUUGUUAAUCAUUCAUGUGAAUGGCAUGCAGAACAAAAAAUAUCUAACAA